AUGUCAUCAUAUCAACCAGAAAAUGAUCUAUUCUAGCGACUGCUUUUCACAUAAAAUAAUGAUACAUUCAAUAACUUCAACAAAAGAGGAUUGGUAGAUAGAGAAGAAACUGAACUAUUGGAAUUUGAAAUUGAGUAGCAUUACUAAUUCCUUGAGAAGCAGCACCAUCCUAUCAUGAAAAAUUCAAAUUAGCUUAGUAAAAGUAAAACUAGAGCUAAGGAAGAGAUAAAUGAGCCUUCAAUGGACAAUGAGAAUUUGCUAAGAUACCUUAACAAAGAAGACAAAAGCCAAAAAAAAUAAAAGGGAGCAAAGAGGCAGUUCAAGGCUGAGUAAAUGCUCCUUGAGAGCCCCUUAAUGGAUGAGCAAUAAAUGCUAAAUGAUAGAAUAAACUCACUUAAAAAGAACCUUAAACUUAGCGGAAUUCCCCUGUUUGGGAAUCUAGUAAAUCCUUCUAAUGUUAUAAACUCGGCUAAUCAAACUCUGACUUGCAUCUAGAGCUUAAUCUCAUAAAUGAAUCAGAUAAAACAAGAAUGCUAAAAGUCUUCAGAUGUUUAAAACAGGUUAUAAAACGAAAAUACUGCUCUUUAUGCUAAGAAUGAAGGUCUCUAAGAUAUAAUAAAAGAGUUAAAAGAAAAACUUAAGGGUGUAAGGUUAGAUGUCAAGAACAUUACUGAAAAGAAAAUUGACUAGGGCGAGUAGAUUAAACAAUAGGAUAGAAUGAAGCAGUAGGAUAUAUAAAAAAUGGAAAUGAAGAUGACUUAGAUGUCACAUGAACUCAAGAAGAUUCAGGUUUAGAAAUUCCAACUUCAGGAGAAAAUUCAAAAGAUGCUUGACAUGAAUAGGUAUAAUUUAGGCAUAGUCGAGUUAAAUGGCAGAAUAAUUAAAAACAAGGAUCAUAGUCCUGUUAGGAAGAGGCAAGCAAACGCUGAAGAUUUAAACAAAGAACUAUUAAUGCAAAAUACUCUGGGCUACGAAAAAUAAAUUAAAGUAUUCCAUACUGAACACGAGAAACUAAUGGAGUGCUUGGAUUUAUUUGAAUGCACUUUGAAUACAAUUACUCCUAAUCUUGGUUUCAUGGAUGUUUACGAUACUCAAAAUGUGCAAGAAUAUCUAGACAAGUUUAAAGAAGAAAUACAAAAGGUGUUCAUCAAUAGAAGCAGCUCUCUCAACUCUCAUAGGUCAAGCCCUUUAAAGUCAUCACCUCUAAAGCAGAGCUCUAAAAAUCUUACUCCUAUCAAACAGUAAUUAUCAGAAAGUAAGCAAACUCCAAUUGAAGAAAAAGAUGAAGAGCAAGAGAGAAUAGACUACGAGAAGCUUAAAUGGAAAGCAUUAUUUAGCUUGAAUAAAGAAACUGGAAACACUAUUAUAUUUGAUUGA